AUGCCUCUCCAAUAUUUCGAAAAAUGGGUGCAUAACCAUCACACGGACUCUGUUGACUGUAUUGGUUUUAGCGAGGAUGGAGCUUUCUUAGCUAGCAGCAGUAUGGAUGGCACAAUCAUUAUUUGCAAUGCUGCCUCUGGGACUGCGCUCCACAUAAUACAUUGCCGCAGUGGGGCAAAGAUCCAAACACUGUGUUUUCGUGCUCACAACUGCCCCAUUGAACAUCUUGCAUUUGACUGUUCAGGUCUGAAGCUAGCUACUGGCGCACAACAAGAGUUGAAAGUAUGGAAAUAUAUAGCUCAAGGUUGUUUGCUGGCGACCUACUUAUACCAGGGAAUCAUCUGUCGUGAACCUGAAUCCGGUGAAACAUGCUGGGCCAUUCCCCUUCGGUCACUAAUAGGACAUGCUGACCUGUCUCCUGAUGAAACUCAGAUCGCCAUCUUCAACCAGCAUAAUGGUAUUGAUGUAUACAAGAUCCCUGGCACUAUAUGGUUGACAUCAUAUCACUUCACAAUU